AUGGUCUCCAGUCUGCGCACUAUGAAAACGAUUGUGAAGCCUGCUCGUGAGACACGGAUGCGGUUGCCGUUCUACCUACUCCCUUCGUCUUUUAAUUUUCACAUCACCAAGCAAACGCGGCCGAUUGGUUUGCGAGAGGAUGGAGACGCAGCGAAGACCUUCCCCUCCCGCGCGAGAGAGACUAGUGGAGAUGGUUGGCAAGUGCAAGUAUUCGUGCCAGAGUGCUGGCGAUACUCUCGCAUGGAUCCACGCCAUCGAUACUCUCGCAUGGAUCCACGCCAUCAUCGACUCAUCGUCCCCUACAUCUUCUUAAUCAAUGCCCAUGUCGUCGACUUCUUCAAGGAUAGACUCUGGGAGAAUGUUGACGAGGAAUGGAUUGACUGCCUGCGCAGAGAAUCUGUUGAAAAUCUCCUCCUGAUUCCUUCUGGAGUAAUACAGGAGCACUGGCCUACUUCGUUGAAGGUUUUCAUCCUAAAAUUGCAGUCUAUGGUGCUUCAUCGAGAACAGGCAGACAUGCAAGCAAUAUCACCUAGCAUGCAGAUGACUUCACUUAACAGUGUUCUUGCCCAUGGAAUGAAUUUGAAGAAAAAACAUGAAGUGGAAAUUCUUUCUGCUGUUGUUAGUUCAAUAGCAAACAGUGUGAGAGCUCAUACCAUCAUUGAUGUUGGUGCUGGUCAGGGUUAUCUUGCCCAAGUACUUUCCUUUCACUACCAGCAUUCUGUUGUUGCAAUUGAUGCAUGCUCACAUCAUGGAAGUGUUACUGAUGCGCGAGCAGAACGAAUUAAAAAGUACUAUGCAUCUCAGAUGAGAAAAUCUGG